AUGCCAAAGCCCGGCACACAUGAAGACAGCAUCCUCCUUGCCGACCUGAACCACCGCCUCGACGACGAAUUCAAGGUCAAAGUCUGGCGAGGGAAAUGUUUGGGCGUAGGGAGACAGCUGAAAGGAGCUGAAGGGGGCUGGGUCGAGAUUGUGCCGCGGCCGGCGGAGGACGACACGAUGCGAGGAGAUAGCAUGAUUAACAAUCUCCAAGGCGCAAAAGCUUUCGGCGCGGAGAGACUGUUCUGGGAUAGAGAUCAACACAGCCUAGUAGCGAUCAUCUGGUUCGGGGGUGCAAUCUCAGGCUGGCCAGGCGUGACACACGGCGGAGCAAUAGCAACAGCACUCUCAGAUAAAGCUGCUCUAGCAGCGACAUUGGCCGAAGGGCUAGGCACUAGUAUCUCUGCUGCAGCAACACCUCAACGGAUGCCAGGCACAGGCUCCCAUGCUAAGAUCUUCGUCCCGGAGACUCUGCACGACGAUCCGACCCAGAUGAGUUUGAGUUAUCUGAAGCCUACUUACGCCAACAACUUCUACGUUGUUCGUAUCGGACCAUCGCUUGAUCUCGAGCAGGAUCCGGUACAUAUCGUGCCCUCUCAUCCUGCUGGAGUUGAGGACUAUGAGGCCACGCUUGAGGCCAUGGAUGGGAAAGUUAGCAAGCUACAACAGGUUGAGGAUAAAAUCUUGGAUGCGGCGAAGUUGGGCUAUGGAGAGUUCAAGCAGUGGAUGUGGCCUUCGCGGCAAUCGAACUCGCAGGCUGGCUGA